AUGGGAAUUCACAACCUAACGAAGAUCAUAAAAAAGUAUUACCGGCCAAUCGAGCACCCACUUUCGUUUUAUCGAACCAAAAAAAUGGCAUUUGAUGCAAGUCUUCUUACAUACCAGUACUUGAUCGCUAUACGUUCAGAUGGAGCACAGUUGGCAUAUAACAGCACAAGCACGUCUCAUAUCAGUGGCUUCUUCUACAAAAUCAUAAAUUUAGCGGAAAUCGGUAUCAAACCGCUGUUCGUUUUCGAUGGUAAGCCACCUCAGGUGAAGAGCGAAGAAAUCGCUCGGAGGAAUGAGCGCAGAAAGAACGCGGCCGAAAAGUACUCAGAGGCAGAGGAACAAAUGGACAAGGUAGAAAUGGAAAAGUAUGACAAGCGAAAACUUAAGAUAGGAAAGGAGCAUACAGACGAGAUUAAAUUGCUCCUGGAUGCAAUGGGGGUUACGUAUACAAUAUCAGAGAAUGAGGCAGAGGCCUUCUGUGCAACACUGUGUCGGAAGGGAAUAGUUGACUAUGUGUGCACCGAAGACAUGGAUGCCCUGUGUUUCAGGGCGCCUGUGCUUUUAAAAAAUUUUGUGAAAGAUACUGUGGCUGAAUACAGACUCGAUGAAAUUCUCAGAGACAUGAAAUUAGAAUUUAGCGCGUUCAUGGACCUUUGCAUUCUCCUCGGAUGUGAUUACGCAGGAACUAUCAAAGGAAUAGGUCCUAUGAAAGCUGAAACAUUGAUAAGAAGGCAUGGAAACAUCGAGAACAUCGUGAAAGAAUUGGAUAUUACGGAUUAUGAGUAUGAGAAGGCGAGAGAAACGUUUUUAAGUAUGAAAAAUAAUGUGGAUGUUGGAUUUGUUGGUAUUGAUUGGCAAAAAUACGAUCGUAGCAGAGUGUUCGAGUUUCUUAAAGAAAAAAACUUUGAUGAGCGGAGAAUCAAUAAUGGGCUGGACAGGUACGAGAAGUGCAGAAAUAAGAGAGAACAGAGUAGAUUGAGUGAUAUGUUUAAGAAAAGAGCAAAAUAAAUGUUAAAUUUACCGUA